GGGGUGCUUUACAAAAUGGCGGUUCUUCUUAUUUUGGGAAAGUUCUAGUUUUCUUUUAAAAUAAAGCCGAUAAAAUCCUCCAGUUUCCACAGCUGGUGCUAAGUAUUUGAACAUGAGCAAAAGAAAAGCCCCAGAUCAAAAUCCCAACUCGGACUUUUGCGAUUUUCUAACAGAGCUUUCUGAAUAUGAAAAGAAUGUCACAAGACAGAUACACAAAUACAAUGCUUACAGAAAAGCAGCCACAGUUCUUUCAAAACACYCAACAAGAAUAAAAAAUGGAGAAGAAGCGAAAAAACUGCCAGGAAUUGGAGCACAAAUAGCCAAGAAGAUUGAUGAAUUUAUUACAACUGGAAAACUAGCCAAGUUAGAAAAGAUAAGAGCAGAAGAAAGUACAAGUGUCACAAAAGAACUAACCCGUGUGUCUGGAAUAGGGCCUGCUGCAGCCAAAAAAUUCAUUGAUGAUGGAAUUAAGAGUGUUGAAGACUUGAAGAAAAUAAAAGGAAUGUUGAAUCAUCACCAGCAAAUAGGCUUAAAAUAUGUUGAAGAGUUUGAAAAACGAAUUCCCAGAGAUGAAAUGGUAAAAUUAAAGGAUGUAGUUAUGGGUCACAUUGAAAAGUAUGAUAAAAAGCUCAAUGCAACUGUAUGUGGAAGCUUUCGCAGAGGAGCUGCAUCAAGUGGUGACAUUGAUAUUCUUCUUACUCAUCCCUCAUUCACAUCCACCUCAAAAACUUUUGAUAAGAAAAGCUUACUACAAAACUUGAUCAAACAAUUGGAAAAGGCCAAGUUUGUAACUGAUACAAUUUCAAUGGGUGAGACAAAAUUCAUGGGGGUUUGUAUCCUCCCAGCUGGUCCUAAAGAAAAAGCCAAUCUCCACAGGCGUAUUGAUAUCAGAUUGAUUCCUCAUGAUCAGUACUACUGUGGUAUCCUGUAUUUCACUGGAAGUGAUGUGUUCAAUAAAAAUAUGAGGCAUGAAGCCUUGGAAAAAGGAUUUACACUGAAUGAGUACUCUAUCAGACCUGUUGGAAGCACAGGUGUACCAGGUGAACCUUUGCCAGUUUCAAGUGAAAAAGACAUCUUUGACAUCAUUGGAAUGGAAUACAAAUCUCCAGAAGAUAGAAAUCUUUGAUUUCAUAUGUUAAAAAAACGAGACAUUUGAAUCUUAAAAGACCUUUCAAAAUUACUUGCAAAAACGAUAAUUCGAUAUUUUGACAGCUUUGAAAAAAAAAUUGUCAUAAAAAGCAUUUCUCUAGCUUGUAAAGCAUAUAUUAUUGUAGUAUCACCGAAAAACUAUUCCGUCUUGUUAAGUUAACCAAGCUUGAAUGAGUUAAUAAGUGACUUGAAAGUACUUGACAAAUUAAAGAUAUUGAGUAGUGAAA